AUGAGCGCCGCGGCCCCGGCCCCCGGCGCCUGGCGCCGCCUCAACGUCAACGUGGGCGUCCUGGGCCACAUCGACAGCGGCAAGACGGCGCUGGCGCGGGCCCUCAGCACCGUGGGCUCCACCGCCGCCUUCGACCGGGCCCCGCAGAGCCGGGCUCGGGGCAUCACCCUCGACUUGGGCUUCUCCUGCCUCUGCGCCGAGCUGCCCCCGCGCUUGGGGCUCGGGCCUGGGCAGCUCCAGCUCACCCUGGUGGACUGCCCGGGACACGCCUCCCUCAUCCGCACCAUCAUUGGCGGUGCCCAGAUCAUUGACCUGAUGAUGCUUGUGAUAGAUGUAACAAAGGGGAUGCAGACUCAGACAGCAGAGUGCUUGGUGAUUGGGCAGAUUGCUUGCCAGAAGAUGAUAGUGGUUUUGAACAAAACAGACCUUCUUCCAGAGGAGAAGCGACAAGCUGCCGUUGAGAAAAUGACAAAGAAAAUGCAGAAGACCUUGGAAAACACCAAAUUCUGUGGAUGUCCUAUAGUUCCUGUCGCAGCAAAACCUGGUGGCCCUGAAGCCCCUGAAACCGUGACACCAAUAGGAGUUUCUGAGCUAAUUGAGGUCCUGAAGUCAGAGGCGUACCUACCAAAAAGAGAUCCCUCAGGAUCUUUCCUUAUGGCCAUUGACCACUGUUUCUCCAUUAAGGGUCAAGGCACUGUGAUGACAGGAACUAUUCUUUCCGGCUGUGUUAGCAUUGGAGACAGUGUGGAGAUUCCUGCCCUGAAGGUGACAAAGAAAGUCAAGUCCAUGCAGAUGUUCCAUACUCCAGUGACAUAUGCCAUGCAAGGUGACAGGGUAGGCAUCUGUGUCACCCAGUUUGAUCCAAAGCUUUUGGAACGUGGUCUCAUCUGUACACCUGAAUCUCUCCAAACAAUUCAUGCUGCUAUCAUCUCUUUAAGCAAAAUCUCAUAUUUCCGAGGCGCUCUUCAGACCAAGGCGAAGUUUCACAUCACAGUUGGUCAUGAAACUGUUAUGGGGAGAGUAAUGUUCUUCAGCCCAGCUCCUGAUGACUUCAGCAAAGAACCCCUGGAGAAUGAUUUUGAUUUUGGAAAAGAAUAUCUUUAUCAAGAGGAGUAUCUUUCCAAAGACUCCAAAUCUUCAGAGGAAAACAAGGAGAAUGACCAAACAGGGGAAAGACAGCUCCCAAAACAACAGUGGGCCUUACUGGAGUUUGAAAAACCAGUUACUUGUCCUAAGUUGUGUCUUGUGAUUGGUUCAAAGCUGGAUACAGAUAUUCAUGCAAACACUUGCAGAUUGGCAUUUCAUGGGGUACUCCUGGAAGGGAUGGAAGACAAAAAUUACAUGGAAACGUGUCUUCCAAAGCUGAAAGUUUACAAGCUGAAACAUAAGGAUGGACAAGUGGAACGGCUCUGUGAUGAUUACAGUGUGAUCGGUCGCUCAUUGUUUAAAAAGGAGACCAACAUACAACUUUUUGUGGGGCUAAAGGUCAAGCUGUCUACAGGAGAGGAAGGAUUAAUAGAAGGUGGCUUUGGGCAGAGUGGGAAAUUCAAAAUCCACAUUUCAGAUGGGGUGAGGCCAGAAACGAAGGCACUUCUGUCUGCCACCUCUAAGAAGCUCAAGGCAGGGAAGGGGGAUCCUGCGAAGGAGGAUGAAAGUAACAAGGCUGACUCAGUCCAGCCUGUUCGUAUCACUCUUCUCUUCAAAAGAUACAUCUUUGAUGCACAGAAGAAAAUGAUUCAGUCCUGAGAAACAUCAGAAGUGCCCUUUUAAAGGCAGAACACCAAGAUGGCUUCCAUCAGUAUGCAGUAAUUGCCAGUUCCUUGGA